AUGGCGGCCCAUGAGUGCCCGCACCACAGCCACUCACGCCAGAAGCUUCUCCUCGCUGCCGUAGUCGGCGUCGCAAUCCUAAUCCUCCUAGUGGUCGUCCUCACCUGGGCCGUUCUCCGCCCUUCCAAACCCCACUUCGUCCUUCAAGACGCCACCAUCUACGCCUUCAAUCUCACCGCCGGCGUCCCCGCCGCCCUCCUCACCACCAGCAUUCAGCUAACCGUCUCCUCCCGCAACACCAACGGCCGCAUCGGCGUCUACUACGACCGCCUCCGCAUCUACGCCGCCUACCGCGGCCAUCAGAUCACCCUCCCCACCCUCCUCCCGCCUACCUACCAAGCCCGCAAGGAAGUUGCCGUCUGGUCGCCCUUCGUCUAUGGUAACUCCGUCCCGGUGGCGCCGUACAUCGCGGCCGCGCUCAGCCUAGACCGGAACGUGGGAACGGCCAUGAUUAACAUCAGGGUAAAUGGACGGAUCAGAUGGCGAGUGGGGAGCUUCGUUUCCGGUAGGUACCAUUUGAACGUUGACUGCCCGGCGUAUAUAAGCUUCGGAGGAUAUAUGUCAAACACUGUAGUGGUCGGCUCAACCAUCAAGUAUCGAUUGAUCCUCAAUUGUCAUGUUCAUGUCUGA